AUGAAGAUCAAAGCCCUUAACCGCUCCUUGGUGGAUCAUCAACCGCCCGGCUCCGACGCCGCCAAAUUGCCUCGCAAUCUCGAUUCAGCGCUCCAUCCAUUCGAGCGAGCACGAGAAUACCAACGAGCCCUCAAUGCCGUCAAACUAGAGCGAAUGCACGCGAAGCCCUUCAUCGGCCAACUUGGACGAGGUCACGUCGACGGCGUCUACUCAAUUGCCAAAGACCCCAACUCCCUACAGAGAUUUGCCAGCGGCAGCGGUGACGGCGUCGUCAAAGUAUGGGAUCUUACCGAUCGAGACAACUCUAUCUGGCGCACGACGGCGCACGAAAAUAUCGUCAAGGGGAUGGAAUGGACGCGGGAUCAGAAGCUGCUCACCUGCGCUGCGGACCGCACCAUCAAGCUUUUUGACCCCUACAACACGCGAGCCGACUCAAAACCCAUCUCAUCGUGGCUCGGAGCCGGAGCAUUCACGAGUCUCUCGCACCACCGCUCCCGCAACGCAUUCGCAGCCGCAUCAAGCGUCAUAUCCAUCUACGACCUCGAGCGACAUACGGCCGCGCCAGAGGUGCUUAAGUGGCCCACGUCCACCGACACCAUCACCAACGUCUCCUUCAACUACGUCGAGACGUCCAUCCUGGCGUCCUGCUCCAACGACCGCUCCCUCGUCAUCUACGACCUCCGCACCUCCACGCCCGUCACCAAGACCAUCCUCAGCUUCGCCAGCAACCAAAUCGCCUGGUCGCCAAUGGAGGCAUUCAACUUUGCCACCGCCUCCGAAGACCACAACAUCUACCUCUUCGACAUGCGCAAGAUGAACCGCGCCCUCAACAUCCUCAAGGACCACGUCGCCGCCGUCAUGGACGUGGAAUUCUCCCCCACCGGCGAGGAGCUCGUCUCCGCCUCGUGGGAUCGCACCGUACGCCUGUGGAACCGUGACCGCGGCCACUCGCGCGACAUCUACCACACCAAGCGCAUGCAGCGCGUCACGGCCGCCAAAUGGACCCCCGACGCCAAGUACAUCCUCUCCGGCUCAGACGACGGCAACAUUCGCCUAUGGCGCGCCAACGCCUCCCAGAGCGAGGGCAUCAAAUCCGCGCGGCAGCGCCAAGCCCUCGAGUACAACGACGCGCUGACCAGUCGCUUCGCCCACAUGCCCGAGAUUCGACGCAUCAAGAGACACAGGCAUAUUCCCAACGUCGUCAAAAAGGCUGGCGAGAUUAAGAGCCAGGAGCUCAAGAGCAUCAAGAGGAAGGAGGAGAACGAACGCAGACAUUCCAAGAAACAGUUUGAGAGGAGGAGGAGCGAAAGGGAGAAGAUGGUGUUGGCAAAGGAGAAGUAG